CAAAAACACGAGCCUGCUUGUGAACGCGAGUGGAUGCGCUCAAAUUGUCCAAAGGAGAAAAAAAACGCAGCCGCACCAGGUCCUUUCAUUCAAGGCCACGUCACAGGAUACUACGUUAAAGUCAAAACGUUCGCAGACAUGCUGGCUUUGGGCGCCGAGCGUAGAAUGCGAUGGCGGAUGCGGCAUGAAGAAUUUCUGCAUUCCGUUAGAACAGCCAAGGUUAAUUAUCUAAAGGAACGUGGUGAAAUUGUGCCCGAUGUUAAACCACUGUCACCUACAAUUACCCAGGCGGGUAUGUUACGAAGGAAUGAUUUGUUGCUACCAGGCGUUCAUUUUCGUUUGAUUCAAUGCGAAUUUUGUGAAAGGAAAUUCAACGAGGCCGCGCUGCUCAAGCACAGGGACCAGUGCAGGGAAAAGCAGGCAGCUGCCCAAUCCGAGAAAACGGAGGAACAGAAAGAGGCGAAAUUGCGCUUCCUAAAACGCAUGAGGUACAAUCACAAGUUUAAACUUCAACCUGCCAGCGCGACGUCGGCAGAGGAAGCGGAUAACAAAAGUCCCCAAGAAGACGUCAAUCAAGACAGCGCCACCCCCACGCCCACGCCCACCCCCACCCCCACAGACGCCGGUACUCCCACUGCUGAUCAUGACGAGGACAUCUUGCAGAAAUUAGCAACUGACCUCUGUCUUGGCGCGAAUAGCUGCACGGGGCUCCCGCCAGACUUGCUUGAAUCCAGCGCGCUGAAUAAAUUCAUCCAACAGAACCUCCACAGUCUCCUCGCGCUUGCGCCAAUCCAAGUUAGCAAUUGUAACCGCGCUGAUGGCACCGAGAGUUCAGCCAGCUGUAGAGAGGAAUCGGAGGACGCGAAUCAGCCCUCGUCGCCGUCAGCCAUGUCUUCUUCGCGGUCCUCAAUUUCUGCCUUCCUGGCCAACUCCUUGCCACUGAUCUCCACGUCGUCCCUCGACUCGACCUCCGCUGCCCCCUCUGCGGUCAUAGUGACUGAACAACAGGCCAAACCUAAGCACAAGAGGCACCAACAGAAGCCGCAUCACAAUUUCCUUCCCUUGUCAGCCAGCAGCGAAGCCCCAGCGACAGCAAAAACCUCCUCCCCAUCAAGUCAGUGCAGACGAGCGAAAGCUCUCAAUCCCCCGCCGACGGUGGUAAACAACUUUGUGAAUGAAACAGUCAUUGAGGAGGCCCCAAGGCGGCAUCAAAACAAGAAAGAUCACGGGCACGACAAGAGGCACAAGCACUCGACGGACCAGGUGGGCGAGCUUGCGGUCGGAGUCACGUCGCAAACGCCGCGUCGCAGUGACGGCCACCACCACAGAAGCCACCACAGCAAACGCCAUGAAUCGCAGAAUCCUGUUGACGGUGACCAUGACUCACCGGUUGUGUUCUACAAGUUCCUUCCAAAUGAUGCGGGCUCCGAGAAAGAGCGGCGCCAUUCGCACAAAAGACACCACCUGCACCUGAAAAUACCAAAUUCCAACGAGCCUGAGAGCUCAACAGUGAAGACCUCGCGAGAUGGCUGUGAAAGCAGUCUUUCUUCGGGAACAGCUGUCCAGGAAAGCCGCAGCAUCGAUCGGCACGUGUCAAGCCGAUCAAACUCCACAAACAGCAACAGUCCACGCGAGUCGGAGCCUGCCGAGACGAGUAGAUUAGGUUAUCUUCAAUACUUGCAUUCCUUCGAGCUGGAUAAUCAGAUCAAGUUUUUUUGGCUCAACACUAGCUUGAUGUCUGGGGCUAGGUUACUCGGUCCACGUAAAACAGUACUUGCCGGAUCACUUGAGUUCACUUUCAGAAGUCACCAUAAAAGCAGUCGCCAUCGCCAUAGCCUUCAUGAAUCAACAGCAACACCAAAAUCUAGGUGCGUUCGCAGCUCCCAAAGCCACCGUUCAAAGGGCUGCGCGGCUGCUGACGAGGGUCACAAGGACCCCUCAACGCGAUUCUGUCACAGCUGUGGCAAGAAGUUUGCCCGCAACGACCGCUUCUGUGCCUUCUGUGGAGCCAUGCGGAAAUCCGAGGUCGCGCCGACAAAGCCGACACCGGAUGACACCGCCGCCAUGCGUCCUGGAACAUCAAACUAG